ACAUAAAGGACAGUAAUAAUAACAACAACAUUAUCAUAUUAUUCUGCAAACUUUAAUUAUGAGAUUGGCACAUUUAUUCAUUCCAACUGUUUUAAUCAAUCAGUUUGAUUUAAAUAUUAAUAUUAUCGAUUCAUUGGCAAUAUAAUUUUGUAAUAAAAAUCAGUAAAAAUAUUUGUUUAUUAUUAUGUUUGUCAUUAUUAAGGUAAAAAGUUCAGGAUAAGGAAGUUAAAAUUCCGCUCGAGUUUUAGAUCAGCGAAGAAACUGUUUGAAACUUUUUGAUAUUUUAUAAGAUUGAAAUUUUACAGUUGAAGAACUUUUUCAUUCGUCUCGCAGAGUUGAUCCAUGCGGGAAUCAGUAUGACUGAUAAACAGUUGCUAGCAUAUAAUAGGUACCAGCGCUUUCUUCAGGUGCUGCUCACAGGUUGCGGCUGUUGGCACGCUCCCACGAAAUCUGGCAAAUCGACAUAUUACUGGUCUGUUUGCAUACUUCCGAUGUUAUUUGCAUAUGCGAUGCUGAACAUACGUAUCAGUUAUAUGUAUAGACAUCAUCUGGCAAUUAUGAUGAAAAAUAUAGGUGUAUCAAUAACUACAAUGGGUACUAUUCUCAAGGUCUCAAGCUUCUUAAUCAAUCGCCGUUCUCUCAUCGAUUAUCACCGUACGCUGACCGAUCUCUUCGAACAAGAGCUUAAGCAGAACGAGAAAAUACGGAUGGUGAUGUUCUCGCCCCUGCACGGGAUAUCUACCUUCGCGUACAUAUAUUUCGGCAUUAUAAUUACCUUGCUUUUGACGUACCUCAUGCCAACGUUGACCGUCAUUACCCACGGUAUCCUCCGUUUUCAAUUAAUCACGAAUUAUACUUUGCCGUACAGCAGAGGAUACGGAUAUCUCUGGACUGUUCCCACCGGUCACCUGCGCCAUUUUCACCUAUUCUUCGAAAUCGCCAUGAUAACGAUCAACUGCAUCACCUGCAUCGGCGUCGACAGCGUCUUCAGCUUCUACACCUACCUGCUGUCCUCGAUGAUGCGCGCCAUGACCUUCAGACUCACGAAUCCGUUACCCAACGACAAGUUCUACGACGUGCUGAGUACGUGCGUGGUGAAGCACCAAAAGCUAAUGCGAUACUGCAACGCGCUGACGCACGUUUAUGGACCGAUCAUCUUCUGGCACACCAUCACCAACGCCAUACUUCUGUGCGCGCUGAUAUUCGAGACGGUGCAGGUAUGUCGAUGCGAAAGACGAAGAUCUUCGCAACGGGAUAUACUUUAUGUAAAUUACUCAUUUUGCGUAAGAGAACAAAAGUAUAUAUUCUUUAUUUUCUCCAAGAUCACAAUCUUUUUAAUCAAUCGUCGUUAUCUGAUCGAUUAUCAUGGUACAAUGAGUGAUCUCUUCGAAGAAGAGCUUAAGAGGGAUGAAAAAGUCCGAAGAGUGAUGCUCGCGCCUCUGCGCAGGAUAUCCACCCUCGCGUACACACAUACCAGCCUUUCGAUUACCUUAAUAAUGACGUAUCUCAUGGCAUCGUUCGUCGUUAUCGUCCGCGGCAUAUUCCACUUACAUUUACCUACGGACUACACUCUACCAUACAGCAGAGGAUACGGAUAUUUCUGGACUGUCCCCAACAAUUUCCUACGGCAUUUUCAUCUGCUAUUCGAAUGGUGGGCGUUAAUAACGCAAGCCAUCACCAACGCCAGCGUGGACAGUGCUUUCGGUUUCUAUGUCUACCUGCUGGCCUCGACGAUGCGUGCCAUGACCUUCAGACUUACGAAUCCACUACCCAACGACAAGUACUCCGACGUGCUGAGGAUGUGCGUGACGAAGCAUCUGAAGCUAAUACAAUGCCGCGACAUGCUGAAGCGAAUUUACAGCGUGAUAAUCCUCUGGCACAUCGUCACUAAUGCCAUACUUCUUUGUGCGGUGAUAUACGAGGCGUUGCAACUUUCAAACAUCACCAUCCGUAUGGUAUUUAAUAUUAUAUCAUACUCUGUGGUAAAGUUGCUCCAAACAUUUAUAUACGCCUGGUAUGGUACUGUCAUCACAAAUGCCGAUGAAGAUUUCCGAAAUGGAAUAUACUUUAGUGAGUGGCACAAUUCUAAUCUCGACCGUCAUGUGAGAACAAGCAUUCUUCUGAUGAUGAUGCAAAAGCCAAUGGCUAUUAAAGUGUUUUCCAUAUCUAUCGAUGUUGUCAUCUUUACUAAUAUCGCAAUCUUUUUAAUCAAUCGUCGUUAUCUGAUCAAUUAUCAUGGUACAAUGAGUGACCUCUUCGAAGAAGAGCUUAAGAGGGAUGAAAAAGUCCGAAGAGUGAUGCUCGCGCCUCUGCGCGGGAUAUCCACCCUCGCGUACACACAUUCCAGCAUCAUGCUUAUCCUAAUAAUGACGUAUGUCAUGCCACCGUUCGUCGUUAUCAUCCGCGGCAUUUUCCAUUUAUAUUUGCCUACGGACUACACUCUACCAUACAGCAGAGGAUACGGGUACUUUUGGACUGUCCCAAACAAUUUCCUACGGCAUUUUCAUCUGCUUUAUGAAUGGUGGGUGAUAAUAACGCAAGCUGUCACCAAUGCAAGCGUGGACAGUGCUUUCGGUUUCUAUGUCUACCUGCUGGCCUCGACGAUGCGUGCCAUGACCUUCAGACUUACGAAUCCACUACCCAACGACAAGUACUCCGACGUGCUGAGGGUGUGCGUGACGAAGCAUCUGAAGCUAAUGCAAUGCCGCGACAUGCUGAAGCGAAUUUAUAGCGUGAUAAUCCUCUGGCACAUCGUCACCAACGCCGUACUUCUUUGUGCGGUGAUAUACGAGGCGAUGCAACUUCCAGAAAUCAGCAUCGGUAUAGCAUUUCAUUUUAUGUCAUAUUCUGUGGUAAAGUUGCUCCAAACAUUUAUAUACGCCUGGUAUGGUACUAUCAUCACAAAUGCCGUGAGUUUUAAUUUACCGUUUACGAUUUAAUAUUUCAAAAUAUGAUAUAUAUGUU